AUGCCAAGCUGGAACAAAGAGCUGAAUCCAGAGGGAUUCCAGCAGAUUUUAAACUUGUCACGUUGCCUUAAAUUGAAAAGGGGCAGUGGCUUGCUGUUUUUCUUCACCGGCUGCAAUGGGUUUGAUUGUGUGACCGUCGCUGCUGCUACUGCCAUGUUACUGAGAAAGGUCUCCAUAGCAGGACAGCCAUCGGGUGUAGAAGCUGCCAGAGGUCGUAUCAGAGAGCUGCUCCCUCUGGUGAUGAUGUUCGAUCUGCCUAUUGCAGGCAUUUUGCAGCCAAUUCCGGACCCCAACUCGCCCACAAUCCAGCACCUAUCCCAAACCUAUAACAUCUCCAUAUCCUUCAAACAGAGGUCACGUAUGUAUGGUGCCACAGUCAUUAUUCGAGGGUCCCAAAGCAAUGCUGCAGCAGUCAAGGAAGGGACUGCCAUGCUGUUGGAACAUCUUGCUGGUGGUCUGGGCAGCGCCAUUCCUGUCAGCACCCAACUAGACAUUGCACCUCAACACCAUCUCUUCAUGAUGGGUCGCAACGGCAAUAAUAUUAAGCACAUAAUGCAGCGAGCUGGAGCCCAGAUCCACUUCCCUGACCCCAGCAGCCCCCAGAAGAAGUCCACAGUCUACCUCCAGGGCACCAUCGAGUCUGUCUGUCUAGCUAGACAAUACCUCAUGGGUUGUCUCCCUCUUGUGUUGAUGUUUGAUAUGAAGGAGGAGAUUGAGGUUGAACCACAGCAGAUCACUCAAUUGAUGGAGCAGCUGGAUGUCUUCAUUAGCAUCAAGCCAAAGCCCAAACAGCCCAGCAAGUCAGUGAUUGUGAAAAGUGUGGAAAGGAAUGCAGCAAAUAUGUAUGAAGCAAGGAAGUGUCUACUGGGUUUGGAAAACAGUGGUGUUACAAUGACAACGAGUGCACCCUCAGCACAUACAUGUCCCAUAGGACUAUCCUGUCAUGGACUUGACAUCCUUGCUUCAGCUGGACUUGGCCUUGCUGGAUUAGGUAUGCAGUCAUCGUCACCAGUGUCGCUUUCACGAUCGAACAGUCGGGAGUAUAUUGGGGACGGCAGUGAUUCCGAUAACUGGAGAGAUCGGAAUGGUUCUCACAGUGAAUUCCCAUCUUCCAUCAACAGCCCUAAGCAAAAAAAUAACCCAUCUGAGCACUACUUAACCAGCAGUAACUAUAUGGACUGCAUCUCCUCUCUGAUGGGGAGCAAUGGCUGCACUCUGAAUAACUCCUUCAAAGGUUCAGAGCUGCCAGAACUCUUCAGUAAACUCGGGUUAGGCAAAUACACAGAUAUCUUCCAGCAGCAAGAGAUUGACCUUCAGACGUUCCUCACGCUGACUGACCAGGACUUAAAGGAGCUCGGAAUUUCCACGUUUGGUGCCAGGAGGAAAAUGCUGCUUGCAAUUUCAGAAUUGAACAAAAACUGUCAAAAACCCUUUGAGCCUCCAAGUAUUCGCUCAGCAUUUCUAGAAGGUGGAGCAAGUGGUCGUUUGCCACGGCAAUAUCACUCCGACAUAGCCAGCAUCAGUGGUCGCUGGUAGCAGUGAACUGGAAUUUACUCGGCCGUAGCUGGCAUGGAGAAACAGCUGAUGGAAGCUAGCACAGACUUUCGUGCCACAUUAACCCUGUGGAAAGCAUUUACUGCACAGAGCCCUCGCUGUUUCCAGAGUUUGGAUUACAAGGACCAAAGCUGUCUUGAUUUCAUGCAAACAAUUGUGCCAAAAAUGAAGAGAAAAAUGGACCUAUCCAUGCCAUUCCAUAGUUGCCUUUUGCUGUUUCACCAAAUAUGGUACUGAAUCUAUAUGCAGAUCAGAGAACAACAAGACCAUUAACACUAGUUUUCUUGCUUAAUUUUAUUUAUUAGCAAACAAAAACUUAAAUGAUGCACUGAAAUGUUAGUUUCUAUGGCAGAAUUAAACUCGCACCACUAACCCAUGUGCAUCAUGUGUAUAGUUUGUACUGAGAGGGGAAGAUGUGUUGUACUGCUGAGUAAAGAGACUUAAAUGUAAUUGCCUCUGCACUUUACAUGUCCUGGUUUCCUAGACCUGUGGAAAUGUGUUUGUGUUCUCUCUGAUCUUCAUAUAUAAUAAAUCUGUUGUCACCAGCGCUGAGGAAGUAUUGCGGGCAUUUAAUGAGAGUUGAGUGAAACCAGCAUCGUUAGAGAUUUAUUAGGUUCCAUGAUCUGAAUUAUCGUACAACAAGGCCUGGGACCCCAGUCACCAAACAGCCAUGUUCCCCCAGAAACAGUGUUGAUGCUCAGUGAUUAAACAUGUUCGCAUUUUACUGCCAUCUUAAACGCGUUUACAGUAUUCAGAAUGCUGGUUUUGCUUCUGUAAAAUGCCUGUAAAAACAUGACUUUUAAGACGUGUGUUUCACUCAGUUCUUUCAUAGAGUUUAUGACAGAAACAAGCAAUUUGGCCCAACUGAUGAUAAUGGUUAAUGCUCCACCAAGCCACCUCCCAUGCUCUCCAUCCAACUGUAUCAGCAUAACCUUCAAUUUCUUUUGUCCUCUUAUGUUUAUCCAGCUUCUCUAUGAUUUUGCUAUUCAGCUCAUCUACUGCUCAUGGUAAUAGGUUUCACACACUUGCCAGUUUUUUAUUUAGGUAAAUACCCUUCUUUGUGAAUUCCCCCUGUUGGAUUCAUUUGAUCCGAUAUUUAUUCACAACUCAAGACCUUGCCAAUGACUGGAACCCCGAGCAGCAUGGAACCGUUUCAAUGGCAUCAUGUUUUCAGAGGGCAUCAUUACAAGUGCGUGCGCGUGACGGCUCAAGGUUGCCAUUUUGUCAGCCUUCUGCAUUAGGCAACGUAGAACCCAAAGAUGAACACCUUGCUUUUAAGAAGCCUUCCCUGUGCAAAUUAUGCUGGCAAUGAGCUGAUGAUAUGACCAGCUGACGUUGGCAAAACUUCCACCUUCAUUUUCUUUUAAAACGUUUUCUUUAAAAAUACAAACAAAGAUAGUAUGUCGGUUUGUACUUGGCACAGGGGAAGUCUGAAGCUGAAACAGAUGGUUCGGAAUAGCCCACAUGUUUAUCUGGAAAGUUCUGUUGCUGUUCAGUUUUGAAUGUCAUGCUUAAUACCACUUGAAAGUAUUUUUCUUUGUGGUUUCCUUGCUCUGCUGUUGGACCAUAUGAAUGGAGAUGCAUUGAAAUAGCCUCUCUGGUAUAUUCAGCCUCCUGUGUUGUGAAAUAUUCACUCCUGAUAAAGAUACCAAGGUGGUCAGCAGAAGACAAAUCACCUCGAACUGUGGUGACAAAAGCUAAUCCGGAAGACGAUGCUGGCACUGUAUCAACUUUUUUUUUUAAUAUAUGUGACGACCUUUGCCCCCAUCAGAAAGGAAUUCAUUUGAGAGGAAUCAUUGAUUCCACCGUACAGUCCAGCAUGGGGCCAUUAUUCUACUUGUCAUUAUCCUUCACCUUGGAGGACUAGACAAUCCUCAGCUGCCCACUUGUCCCUGAAAUCUCCACAGAUGAUGCUUUGUACUGAGGUGGGGAAGUGAUGAUGACAGGAGUGCAACCCAUUUCCGUUUUCCUCACCAUCUCCUCCACCUCCCCUCCUCAUGACCCCAACUGAAGACAGCACCCUCUCAAUUCUACAGCCACCUGGCAAAGGAGGUACCUAUGUCCCACACCAGAGACGGAGAAAGAAGGCCAUCAAUUCUCAAACUCAUCGGUUUUCAAACUGAAGAUGACAAUUUCCUCGUUGCUCUCUUCUUUCCUGUGACUAUCUUCAGUGCUCCUCAUGUCAGUAACACCCUGUAACUUUGGUGAGUCCAUACACAAUACUAAUUUCUUCUGCUCUUUUUCUAACAUUGAAAGCUUCUCUCCUAAUUUUAGUUUUGCACUGACUGUUGUCUCCUGAUACAGUUAACAAGCCCAAGGAGUCUCUAAUUAAGUGUUUCCAUUGUUUACGCUCAAUCUGUGAAGGGUUUUAGCUGAAAUGAAGGAAAUCUCAAAGUGCCUACCUUUCCAAUUGUCUGAGUCUGUUGUUGUCCAUGUCGACAGUGAACUGUUCUGCCGGCUGUGACAAAACAGGCUGAACUAUAAAGUCUCUGAACAAUGCUAAUCCAGUCAGACUUUAAAGACUGAAACCGCUAUUUGAAGUGUUCUGUGUAGCCAGUUUUGGGUAAACACCAUUCUUUUUGCUGCAUGAGUCAAGUUAAUGAUAAAGAAAUACGUGAAUAGUUUAAUAGUGUUUUCUAUUUGCAAUGGCAAUUGUAUGUUCUGUGUAGAUAAUUGUUCGAUUAAUCACAAACAAAUUUGCACACUCAAAGAGGGGAGAGGCUAUGUUUUGUCACUUUUAUAUAUAAAAUGUAGUUCUGUGAUUUGUUUUUUUUCUCAAUUGUUAGUCACAAAGAGGAAAUCCAUCUUUUGUGAAUCCCUCUAAAAUAAUCAGCGAUAUAUGUGUGUGUACACCAAAGUGAAGGCUGUUCAGUUUAUAGAAGCUAAACUGAAAGAAUAUUCUGUACAAAACACUGGAAGAAUACUCAUUUUAUCUCAAAUUUGAGGAGGUGCCAUGCUAACGUUGUGUAAACUAACCAAGGUCCGAUGUCUAUCGAAUGGACAAAGCUGUUGAUUGCCGGCUUAAGUUGAAGGCUAAAGAAAAACUCAGUGCCUUGAAUGAUGAUUUAUCUGUAAAUAUAGAAGAGAUGUUUAUUUUCAGUGUGGGGGAGAUGUGGGCUUGAUUACUUUUUAUGAUUUUCAUUUAAAAUGAUAUUGUUUAUGGAUAAGCUUUAACAAAAGGGAAUUUUCAACACAAUUUUAUGUUGUAUUAAAAGAUAAUUUUCUAUAACUUU